UGAAAGCAAGUAUGAGAGUCUGCUCGGGGGAGGUGAUAGCAUCCCAAAGUCUUCUAGGAUUUUAGCUUCAACCAGAAGAUUGUCUUUCAAACAUAAGCAAGACCAGGAAGUCACAUUAAAGGGCCGAACAAGAUCAUGGGCAAAACAGCUGUGUGAACCAAGUUUAAAAAAAAAAAACAUAAUAAAUAAUACGAAGCCAAGGAAUGCUGUAGAAAUGGCGAGAAAAGACAGAGACGCAUAGGAGGGAUAAGACGGGAGGAGGGAGUCGGGGAGGGAGCGGAGAGAGGAGAAAGCUGAGCGCGGACGUCAGGAACAAAAGCUCCAGCGGAGUCUGGAGGAGGCACUAAGGGAGCAUGGGGUGUUUUGAAUAAUUAUUAAAAUUAGCAUGUGUCUGCGCCAUCCUGUGGGUGUGGCGCACAGCGGAGUGUAAACUCUAGCCGGGCUGGGAGCAAACACUGGAUUAGCGGCAGCAGCCUGCCAGCCUGCCAGCCUACCCGAGGAGUGUGAGGACCAGCGCGCGGCACACCGACCGCACGAUGGCCUCGUCUCAAGGGAAGAACGAGCUGAAAUUCGCCGACUGGAUGGCAACUCUGCCGGAGAGCAUCCACAGCAUACCCCUCACCAAUUUAGCCAUCCCAGGAUCUCAUGAUUCCUUCAGCUUCUACAUUGAUGAAGCCUCUCCAGUGGGGCCUGAGCAGCCAGAAACUGUCCAGAAUUUUGUCUCUGUGUUUGGAACUGUGGCCAAAAAGCUGAUGCGAAAAUGGCUAGCCACUCAAACCAUGAACUUUACUGGUCAGCUAGGAGCGGGAAUCCGUUACUUUGAUCUUCGAAUUUCGACCAAGCCCAGAGACCCGGACAAUGAACUCUACUUUGCUCACGGUUUGUUCAGUGCCAAAGUCAAUGAAGGUCUUGAGGAGAUCAAUGCAUUCCUCACAGAUCACCAUAAGGAGGUAGUAUUCUUGGACUUCAACCACUUUUAUGGGAUGCAGAAAUAUCACCAUGAAAAACUGGUCCAAAUGCUGAAAGACAUCUAUGGAAAUAAAAUGUGCCCAGCGAUCUUUGCACAGGAAGUGAGUCUGAAGUACCUGUGGGAGAAGGAUUACCAAGUGCUGGUCUUCUACCACAGUCCAGUGGCUCUGGAAAUGCCCUUUCUCUGGCCUGGGCAGAUGAUGCCAGCACCCUGGGCCAACACCACAGACCCGGAAAAAUUGAUCCAGUUUCUUCAGGCAUCCAUCACUGAGAGAAGGAAGAAAGGAUCGUUUUUCAUAUCUCAGGUGGUGCUGACUCCCAAAGCAAGCACCGUGGUCAAAGGGGUGGCCAGUGGUCUCAGAGAAACUAUCACAGAAAGAGCUCUUCCUGCCAUGAUGCAGUGGGUCCGCACGCAGAAGCCAGGAGAGAGUGGCAUCAAUAUUGUCACUGCCGACUUUGUAGAACUUGGUGAUUUCAUCAGCACUGUCAUAAAGCUCAACUAUGUCUUUGAAGAAGGGGAAGCCAACACUUGAUGGUACUGUUUGGAGUAUCAGUGAAUAAGAAGGAGAAGAUUCACUGUAUUAGAUGUAUUGUCUAUAAACACUCUGAUCUUCCUAUUCCACUGAGUUUCUGAAGGGAUAAGGGCUGAAAGUGGGUGGGAAAGGGGGAAACCAUUUCUUCAGUGAUUAUUAUCGUACUCUUCAUUACUAUAAAUAUUUCAUUUCCCAUUUGAUAAGCAAAACCUACUUCUAGUGUUAGGGAUUAAAAAAAGACUAGUAAAUUUUGUUUUUCAGAAUUAGUCUUUGUAACUUAUGGGUGUUUACUUGAUUGUGUUUCUGAUUUCAACUUAGGGCUCCUACACUUUCCUCCAAAUGAAACUUUCUGCUCCCUCUCUCGCUCGCUCUUUUUAAUCUGAUGCUGUAUGGGACUUAAAAGUAAUUGAAUGCCCAGCAUAAUGUGUAUUACAUUGUUGUACUAAAAUUUACUUGUUUUGUAGGAUUUGGUAUAAUAUUCUGUAGCCUGCAAUCUUGCUAACUUUUGGUCAUAGAUAAUAUGCAUCAAAUUGAUUUCCCUGCAUCAGUAAUACUGGAGGCCAUAAUCAGUAAAUUUUGUGUCAUCUAAAAACAAUAGUGUUUCACAGUAUUUCUACUGAAGGCAGCUAUAAAUACGAAUAAAAAACUUCUGUGGAAGAACAAUUAGUGCCAACUCCAUAUUGAAAAAUGGAGGUGGUGAGGAGAUGGAUGUCACUUUAAUUCAGAAAUCUCUUAAAUAUUGUCUUGAAAAUGCCCAGUAAAUGAAAAAUUAUGUGUUAAAGUCAGAAAACUCUGCUGGACUUGGAGAUGAUCAUACUGAGUAAAAUAAGAAAGAAAAGGACAAAUAGCACUUGAUAUCUCUUAAAUGUGGAAUAAAAAAAGAUACAAAUGAACU